GUUAUUGUUAUUUUAUCAAUCAUGUUACUAUAGUGAUUUUGUGUCAGGAUGCGAGCGCGCCAGGAGGAGUGUCGCUCCGCGCGGAAGGCAGGAAGCGGCGCGUGGGCAGAGUCACCGCUUGCGUCACACGCCGGGAGGGAGUUUUCCACUGACGAAAAGACUGUGCUGCUCAGCCGUCUGCUUCAGACAAGAGGAACAGCUUCAGCUGCUGCUUCAGUACGUCGAGCGCACAAUAGCCACACGGACAGAACGGGAUCUCUAUACGGAUAAACGCGCUUUCGUAUCACUUGGAUUAUUACCGCUUCUUCUUUUCCUCUAUUGUGAUAUACUAAUGCUGAUCGGACACGUUAUUGAUCACCAAACGAUAGCGCCAUGAGCGGGGUUCUCAAGAGGAAGUAUGAGGAUGUGGAGGAGGACCCGUGCUACUCUUCUUCCUCCCCUUCCUCUCUCUCCUCCUCUGCCUACUCGGAGUGGGACUCAGAUGGGGAGAGCUGCUACUCCGACACCCUGGAUUCAACCCCCAGCAAUCCCAGCUCCCCAGCAACAUCCUUAAACACCACAUCUAUCCUGAAGAAGGCCAAGCGCUCGCGGCGAGGCAAUGUGCAGUUUGACCAGGUUACGGUCUUCUUCUUUCCUCGCUGUCAGGGCUUCACCAGCGUGCCCAGCCGGGGAGGUUGCACCCUCGGCAUGGUGCAGAGGCACAGUGCCCAGCGCCGCUACUCAAUAGCGGAGUUUGCCAUAGCACAGCGCCACCUACGGCGAGAGAAAAUCAAAAACCGAUUGAAGGAGGAAAAACUGGAAGCUCUUAAGCUGAAGCUUACCAAAAAUGGUACCCAGGAGUGCGAAGAGGCUGACAGGUUGACUAUCGAUGACAUCCCAGAGGAUGAAAUCGACCUCAGCGGAGUAAACUUGGAUGACGGCUCCUUCUUGCAUCCCUACCCCUCCAAGAGAAGAUACGCCAUCCUCAAAGCCGCUGGUGUGAAAAAGAUCGAUAAAGAUGAGAAGCGUCAACUGCAUGACUUGCGGACGUCGCGAGAAGACUGCGGAUGCGACUGCCAGGGCUUCUGCGAGCCGGAGACCUGCAGCUGUAGUUUGGCUGGGAUCAAAUGUCAGAUGGACCAUUCAUCCUUCCCAUGUGGCUGCACUAAAGACGGCUGUGGGAACAUGGCAGGCCGCAUCGAGUUCAACUCCAGCCGAGUUCAGACCCACUACAUCCACACCAUCAUGAAGCUAGAGCUGGAGAAGCGUUUGGAAGAGCACACCCCUGAGAGCAAAACCCCCUCUGAAGAUCUCCCAGACUGCAGUUCUCCAAUCCACCCAGCAGAGAGCAGCACCACACCAGACAGACCCACGUUUCACUUCAACUCAGAGCUAGUAGCCGUGGGAGAGAACAGCUGUAGCAGCGACAUGACCGAUUCGUCUAGUUCUUCAGGCCAGAGCGACGACUCCGAGUCCGCCGGAAACGCUCGAAGCGAGCAAUCGCCGCUAGACGUCGACGAAAACGGACUUACGAGAAUCCUAAGCUUUAGCGACACGGACAGUGAGGACUGUACUGUCAGGGAGCGCAACAACAACAACAACUGCGACUACCAGCAGAAAAAGAGUGAGUCCACGGGCUAUGGCAUCUUCAGCGCGACAGACGACAAGUUCAGCACAUCACAAACGGACAACAGCCGCAUGGCCAUGUCUGAGCUCCUAGACGAGAACGCUAAUCAAGCAAACGCUCUAUUCAACAACUGCUCCGCCCCCCCCACACCCUCGCCCUCCAUCGAUCACUCGGCCAGCUACAUGGACCUGAGCCUCUCAUCCGAAUCAGACCUGGAGUUCUUCGACGGCUUUCCUUGUCUUGGGCCGAGCUCGUUGUACAACUCCUUAAAGGAGUACGAACACGCGGACAACUUCUUUCAGUUCCAGUCGCCCACUUACCCCAGCCUCCCGCAGGCCGCCGACCCGGGCACAUGUCUCCUGGAGUCUCUGAUUGGCUUGUCGGAUUCGGUCCCAGAACCUCCGGCGACCUUCACGGACAAUCAGAUGCUUGAAGAUGCCAUGAAGCUUUCAGUGAUGGAGUCCGUUAAAGUCUAACGGGGGCUCUUCUGUACUAAUGAACUAGGGGAUUGUAAAUGAAUGCUAUAUGUUUUGUUUUUCUCUACUUUAUGAAUGGAGGCCCUCCAUCCCAGGGUAUCAAUAUUUGCAUUAUCUGCCUUUAUGAUGUUAGCAAAGCAUUAAGUUAUUAUAACAAUCUUUAUAUUCAAUAUUGCCAUUGCUGUGGCAGCUAACAUUUCAGUUCAGAAACAAGCCUGGCCGACUGAUUUUUGGAUAUUUGUACAUAAGAACUUCUCACCUGCAUCGGUGGUAUUAUCAACAUUUACCAUUACUAUUAAUAUUGCUAAGGUUAUUUAUAUGAAUCCAGAAGGGGCACCAAUGGGAGUCAUAAUGCUGAUUAUGUAUCUCAGGGACUUUUUCUAGCUUUCAGAAGCAAUGCAUUUUGACCAUCGCUGUUAUUUGGCAUUUUUUCCCCAGAGAAUUUCCACCAAAACAAACAGUACUUAUUUUGCAAAGCUAGAGGAAGACUCCUGUUUCACAAAACGGGUCCUUGGGAUUUUUAAACGGUACACAAACCAGCCCCCCCCCCCCCGAGGCUCCUCAGUUAGCACUUUAUCUGUGAAAAAAUGAACCAAUCAGAGCGCAGAUGGGUCAAUGUCACGUCGCCCCCGUCGCCUCUGAAUCUGAGAUUGUUUUCAUGCCAUUUUUUUUGGUGUUGGAUCAUCAGCACAAGGUGAAGAAAAAUGAACGGUUUCCUUUUAAUUUAUUCUACAUGCCGCAGAUAUCGCGUAAUGCAACCGUGAUAUCUGUUGACCAUUAUUUCGAAUUGCUUUUAUUUAUUCGUACCGAUCUAUUUAUUUUUUUGCUUUCUCCGAAUGCCAGCUGACAUGAUCUGAGCCACACUGUGCUCUUGAGAAGUGGAAAUAAUGCAGCUUGUUUCCGUUUCUCACCUACAUAAACCUGUGUGAAGCGCGUCUUUGUUUCAGCUGUGGAGGAAAGGGGCACCAGCUGCAAAGUAUUUAAUAAUCUAUUACUAUGAAGUAACACUUUUGGUUAAGUUAUUUCACGUUUAGCAUUUCAGCAUUAGAGCUUAAUUUAUUCAUGGUUCGGGCAAUAAAGAGAACGAACGGUGUGCUUAACAAAAGAAAAGUUGAGUCUUUGUGCCUGUUAACACGAGGAACCGCUUGAAAUGAUGCUGUUUAACCUACCUAUUGAUUCAAAAUAAUCCAGUGACGUUGCCUAUGAUAUAGAGAAUUAACAUUUUGUAACUAUGUAGAUUUGAGAGAAUUCUAAUCUGUUUAUUGACAAAUUAUUUUAUUAAGGAAUCCACGUUGUUCUUCAAAUAUCGAAACAUUUGUAAUAUAUUAACAGAGCUAAAUCUUGAAAAAUGUAUUCUGGCCAGGCAUAAAGUGGGGGUUUACUUGCGAUGUAACUACCUAAACAAAUUUACCGAGAUUGGGUGAACACAACUGACAACAUGAACUGUGGGGAGAAAUGAAGUAGUUUCAAAAACGUUUUGUUGAAAUAACCUGCAUAUAUUAUGCAAAUUUGUGUUGCCCGUAUUCACAGUGAAGAAGUUUGUAUGCUUCUGAAUGAGUUUUGAGGAAAUGAAUCGAUGUAUAUAUCUGACCAUCCAGACUUCAGCUGUCGGUGCAGAGAUAUUUGACUCGAUAGGAGCAUUUGCAUGCAACACCCGUUCAUUUGUCUCAGUACUACAUGUGUUUAGAGCAAAAAAUGCACAAUCAGAAAUGUAUUUGCUUCAUUUUUGCCUUCAUGUGCUGUUCUUGAAGCGGUCAUUGAGUGCAGCUUCUUAUUCCCUUGUAAAGAUGCAUCACCUCAUCACCAUGAAAUGGAAAUGAUUGGUAUUUAUUAGUCAUGAUUGAUGUAUGUUUUGAUCUCUGAUGCUUAUCAAAGUGUUUCUUACUUCUGCCUUUUGUUGUAUAUAUUUCUGCUUCAACGAAACUAAAGACAAAACCAAGCUGUUCUUUUAUAUUUUCACGCUUAACAGUUUAAAGCUGUUCAUUUCAUUCAAGUCAUUUGACAGUAGUUUGUCCCUUCAAAAUAAAAGUUAAGCUUUUUCUUAUA